AUGGUCAAUGGAGUGUAUAAUAUGGAGGCAGGUGGCCAAUGGCACAUCUCUGGAAUACUACCCGAAAAAGCCUCCAUGAAUAAUAUUGUAGACCAACCGCCGCCUCCGCCGCAGCCGCAGCGUUUGCAACAUUCCACGGCCAAGGUUGACCCCUUCCUUGGUGAUGUGGAUGUUGGCGGUGGCACCAAGGGAAGUCUGGCCGACGGCGUUAGAGUUCCUGACAGUUUGCCCCUCCUCUCCGAGCCCCAACCCGCACUUCCACCCAACCUCCGUGAAUCGGUACGUUUUCACCAAUUUGAUUUAUAG